UAUUAUCUCAUUAUGCAAACAAAACUUCAACCUAAACCCAGAGCGGCAAUAAUUUUGCGUCUUCUCGCAUUUUUGCUCUUGGCAAUUGCCAUGUCAGACGCUGCUCGCGAUCUGUUGGCGACAGAAACCAAACGAGCGUUCCUAAGCGAUUUCUUAGCCGCGGACAAUCCCAAUCCUCUAACUCACAACUGGAACAUCAACAGAUAUUAUACUCUGCUCAUGGAGUGUUGGCCACGGGCCGCCGUUAAGAAUUUAAUCGCCGCAAAUCAUCGAAUAUUUUUCCGUCAUUUAGAACUGAAAAAUAAUGACGAAUUAAAAACCGCACCGGAUAAAUUCAAUAAUUACGAGAUUAUUGAUUUCGACUGUCCGCAAAGUUGGGACGUGUUAUCGACUCAAGUUUGGGACGAUCACAUUCCCCCUGUGCGGUGGAUGGGAUUCUUCAAACAGAUUUUAAUCCUCGUCGACGCGGGCAAUUUCGCCGAGUUGGGGCGAGUUUUAAUGAAUCCAAAUGGCAGAAUUAAAGUGAGCGUCAUGAGUCGAGUGAUAAUUGCCAGACGCAUUCAUUCAGAGAGAUAUCAACUUUAUCAGGUUUAUCGGAUAUCCAAAGACAGACCAUUGGUCUAUGAAGAUUUCGGUUACUGGAGUAUCAAUGAAGGUCUUAUAUUGACCAAACAAAAAGGGGAGAUUACCACAAGAAGAAGGAAUCUUCAAGGAUUGUUUUUUGUCAUUUCAUGUACACUAGAAAAUCCGGAAACAAUAAACUACUACAACACAACAAAACAUCCACAAACUGAUACAGUGAUAAAACAAUCUUAUGCCAUGUUCUCAAAUCUGGUUGAUAUCGUUAAUAUGACCUAUGCCAAUGUAUUCCACAAUACUUUUGGGUAUUAUAACGCUACAUCUAAGAAAUGGAACGGUCAUACUGAAUCUUUAAGAAUUGGUACAUCAAAUUACAGCGCAUCACCUUUAGUUGUAAUAAGGGAAAGAGUACCUUUCAUAGAUUUCGUCAUUCAAAUCUCCCAAAAAAUCACUGUAAAAUUCAUCUUUAAAAGUCCUCCGACAUCUUAUGUUAAAGACAUCUUCAAUAUUGCUUUCCACUGUAACGUGUGGUACGCCCUGCUUGGAAUGUCUCUCUUAUACUGUAUAUUUAUUGGUUAUCUACUCAAUAUCGAGAAAAAAGUAUUAAAUAAUUAUACAGCUAAUGCCAACGAUGGAUUCCUGAUAACUCUAGAAUCCAUCACUCAACAAGGAUCUGUAGUAACAACUAAAUCUAUAUCCGGUGAAAUACUCAUCGUAAUAUUAUCAUUAGCAUGCAUGUUCUUCUACACUGCAUAUUCUACAAAUAUAGUGAGUCUCCUACAAAGCACGACUAGUAUCAAAACAGUUAAAGAACUAUUAGACAGUCCAUUUGAAGUUGGAGCCGAAGACACCAUCUACAUCAAAUAUUUCAUGAGAAUUGAUACUGAUCCAGUAAGAAAAGCGCUGUAUGAUACCAAAGUGACUGAACAUGUUCCUGAAGAAAAAGAAGGUCUCGAUAGAGUGCGUCAAGGUGGAUAUGCAUUUCACAUUGAUAAGAAUCCUGCGUAUUAUUAUAUUCUGCGUUAUUUUGAUAUCACCGAGGUUUGCUCCCUGCAACGCAUAGAAGCAUUGUAUCUACCCACGCAUUUGAUAUACAUUCCAAUGAUAAAAGCGUCACCAUAUAAGAAGAUCAAAAAAGUCGGAGCAUUUCGAAUAUUAGAAACAGGAUUACAUCAACGUCAUGUAUUACUCUUUGAACAAGAACCUAAAUGUUCAGGGAUUGCACCCACGUUCAAAAUGAUUGAGUUGGUUGAUGUAGAGACUGCUUUUGUGAUAUUUUUAUCCGGAGUAUGUUUGACCAUGUGGGUUCUGGCUAUGGAAAUUGUUUAUUAUCGUAAAAUAGCUUUGAAAGCAAAAAUUCACAAAGGAAAAAAAGUAAUACCUUCUGCUUGACUAUAGUAUAUCAUACUAUAUAUAGACUUACCGUUUAUAGUAAAUAAAAGUAGGCAGCAACAAAAGAAGAAGACACUUUCUCGCGUGACGUUCUCAAAUCGUAGAAGAUGCGUCACGCAGCUUCUUUUAUGGUGUGUCAUUUCGUUUACUUGACUUUAGGAGGAGUCCAGAUAACCAAUUUUUCUUUGUUUUUUUAUUGUUUUUAAAUUUUUAUAUUACUAUUACUAUACUAAUCCACUUUGUCAACUUUUCACUUUUUAAGCAGCGCCUUGGGUUAAUGUCUAACACUAUUAUUGCUAUUUAUAGCCAAUAACCGGUCAAUUAAUACCGCGCACGAUUGAUUAAUUCAGCGCGGCUUAAACCAUGGAGAAUUAGAAGUUCACUACAGUUCGCACAUGUGGUGAAAGCGCACGAUUCACUGCACGAACAAAAACUAUAAGAAUAAAAACAACCAACUGCUCUUUGUAAUAUUUUAAUAUUUUAGGUAUUUCCGUUUGAUUAUUAUUGAGUAGAUUAUUAUAAUUAAGUUUAAUAUU